AUGGAGUCGUCAUCGUUGAAGUUGUACGAGCGCCGGUCAAAGCGAGAGCAUCGAAAGCGGAUGUGGCUCAGUGCACUCCAACUCCUCACCAGUAUUCCGGCCACUUCCUUGCAAGGAAACGUCGUGACCUACAGUGCUGCACUGGCGGCCUGUGCAGAUGCCGUGCAGUGGCGUGCGGCUUGUCAGCUCUUCUGGGACAUGGCGAGUGCAUCCGUUGAAGCGAACACCGUGGUUUUCGGCGCGGCCACAGGCGCCUGCGCAGCAGCCGACUGGAGGCUCGCCAUUUCCAUGCUCAGCACGAUGGUCAAGGAGGCCGUUCGCAUCAACACAGUCGUGCUCCUUGCUGCUCUUGACGCCUGUGCCUCCGCGGGAAAAACAGAUACGAUCAUCGCGCUCUCCACGGAGAUGGCGGAUGCAGGGGUUGCGAUUGAUGCAGAGACGUGCAGCGCCAUUGUUGCAGCCUGUGAAUCUCGGCAGCCACGCCGUGCUGCUAUGCUUCUGGAUACGGCCGGCAAGGACGGCUUGCAGCAACUCAAGAGCUGCGGUCGCUGA